AAGUUGUUGCCGUCAUAAUUUUUAAUAAAAUUUUUUCUAUGGUGGUUCUUUUGUUGGAGUGCUGUUUUCUUCUCGAAUAUUUCCAAUAAAACUAUUUAUUGCUUGCCUACGAAUAAUAUUAAUUGCAAAACGGGUAAUCUCUAAGUUAAAACGUUCAUUGCUAACCAGAGGCCAUGCAGUUCUAGCAAACGGCUAGUUGCUUUAACUCGGUUCCACAGUUUUUCUCAUAAUUGUAUAGAUUUUAUUCAGGCAGAUAAUUGUCUAUGCCGUGAUCGUUACUUCAAACAUAUAUAAACAUAAACUUAUAAGCAGUUAAAGCCGCAAAAUCAAGAAUGUCCUUUGACAGCAGCGUGCUUCCGUCAGAGUUAUUGGUUGCACCACAGCCUCUUAUAGGUUUCUGCGGCUUGGACACAACGCACAAUCUAGUGCACAAGGCUAUAUGGGAUGCGUUUAGCACCAAUAAAAAAGCAGAUAGAGCUUCUGUGCAAUUCAAGAUUUUACCACCUGCUUACGAGUUCCCAGUCGCAAAGCCUAAACGUGCUUCCUACGAAUGGUACCAGCCCAAGGGGGUACUGAAACGAAAUUGGAUGCUUAAGCAUUUGCAUGUACUGCCUGCGGUUGUAGUUUUGUUUCAAGACAUGGAAUGGAAUGACCCUCAAUGGUCGGAAAAACAGGUGCAGUGCGCCUCAACAAUCCAAAGUCUAAAGAUCGCAUUACAGGAACGAAACACUCGAUUGUGCCUUGUGCUGUUGCAGAAAUCAUCACCUUUACCGCCAGGUGAAGACCUACUGGCAUCAGAACGCGCUGCCAGUUUAACUACAGCUUGUAGUAUUAAUAUUAAAAUGUUAUUCAUCCUGCCGCAUACUGAGCAUUUAAUGGGAUAUACAUUACGAUUGGAAUCUGCGUUCCUAGACAUGGCUCAAUCCUAUUACGCGCUCAUGUCCAAACGCAUACGUGCACAUCGUGAUCAAUUAACUGCUGCGCACACAACACUCAAAAUACGACAUCAAUUUAAGUUAGGUUUUGUUGCGGAGAUAAGACAAGAUUUCAGCACUGCAUUGAAACAUUUUACUCAGGCAUAUGCCACACUCGAUGAGAUACGUAUCACUGACGCCAAUUGCCUCGAAAUGAAAACCAUAGCCGGGUUCUUGAAUUACAAAUUAUGUCGGUUAAUGUUUAAAUUAAAGGUGCCGCGUGAUGCAAUCAACCACUUUAUAAGCAAAUAA